UCGCGUCCCUCUUCGCCAACUUUCACAAACAUCAGCGCCCAACCUAUCAUUCGAAUAACAACCCACACACAUAAACAAGUACUGUCCACGCAUACGUCAGGCAGCCACCGCACCGAACACAAGAUCAACCGCCACCACCACCAUAUGCCUUCCUCACCGCGACUCUCCCACGUAGAAUCCUUCCCGAGCUGUAGCCGAGCGCGACAGAAAUCAUGGAUGUUUUCUCGACGUUGAACAGCUCCCAAGUCGAAGCCUUGAGCAACCCCGACACCCCACUCGCUUCAACAUUGGCCGCGAGCUCUUCCUCGAAGAACCGCACCACCGACGGUAUCAAUGGCGCCGGUACCGACUUCGAACACUCGCUCCGUCUCAAGAAUACACUCGAUCUCUUCGAGGCGGAGCCUUACAAUCUGCGCCUGCCAUGGGCCCGACUUUCGAUAUUACUGGGCUGCGAGUUCCAGCUCUACAAGAGGAAUGAAGGGAUCGAGCUGAGGUUCAAUCCCUUUUUGAGCCAUUGGGUCGAGGCCAUCUCGCGCUUAGAUCGCCAUGCAUCAGCCUCCGGCACAAGCAAGGGCAACAGUAGCGGGCCCGGAGAGCAGGAGAUCAAUAUGGCUAGGAUGGGACUGAUAAAAGAGAUCUUGACAUCUCGAAGCUCAGCCACCGUUGGGAAGAAAUCGCCCAGAGAGCUGCUUUCGGAAUAUACAAAGGAAAGCAAGAGUAGGAAAUUCGAUGUUGGGGUUUAUAUCAGGAUGCUGGAGGAGGAGGGGAUCUACGAGCCGAGUAUGUCGUCAAGUGAUGGAGUACCCACCCCACAGAGUGCCCCCGCCGCAGCAGAUGUACAGGAUGGAAAGAGCGCGGCAAAGAAGGACUGGAAGCAAGACCUUCUCACGCGACUCGAGACCGACCCUGAGUCCGCUGUACAAGAUCUCACGCGAUUGCCGCUAUCUCUACCUUCCCUCGACUUCCUUACGACUCUCUUGCAGGACAACACACUCGCAAACCUUCCCAUACUCGCCUCGCCAUCUGCGCUCAUGCGCGACUAUAUACAGCAUUGCCUGCGGCUCAUCGAGUCAAUGAGUCUACCGCCCCCAGCAUCAACAGCGUCGCCUCCACACGACGUCAAUGACCAUGGCCACGGCCGCCUGGCGCAGUCCAGAGCAGUAAAGCUGCUGCUCCUGUUCCUGCGCAGUUCGAUCAGGAAGAAUCUCGUGCAACCCGAUGAGUUGUACUUUGAGAUCCAAGAGAUCUGCGUGAGUCGGUGUCGCUAUAGUUCGGAGCCAUGUACAAGGAUUUCUGUGCGCCUUCACACAAGCAAUGCCAAGUCUGAAACCGAUAUUCAAAACUAAAGCUUGUUCGAUAUUGGGUGUGGGAACAGAGUUCCUGGAUUCUGUCACAGCAUAGUAUCGUCAGGUUGGAAAAGACGGCGGCCGGUGUGAUCGACUUCCGCGCAAAGGCACGAUUCGGACGACCAUAAUGCGCAUUGCGCACAGCCACUUUGAGCCAUGCAUCAAAUAAGAACCUUCGGAAUCGGAAUUUACCAAAAAUCUAUCACGAUAAGCUGAAUUAUACAAUCGUCGUGAAA